AUGUCACCUAAUGAAAAACUGCAGCAAAAUGAUGAAGCAGAGAAAGUAGAUGCAAAGGCUUACAUAAGUCUUGUUGGUUCCUUGAUUUAUCUCACAAAUACAAGGCUAGAUAUUGUUCAUUUUGUUAGUAUAUCAAGGUUUAUGAAUCAGCCCAGUAAGUUUCAUUAUGCAGUAGCAAAAAGAAUCAUUCAUUACUUGCAAGGAACAAAGAAACUUGGCACUAUGUACAAGAACAAAAUUGACAGCAAACUCGUUGGUUUUACUGAUAGUGAUUGGGCUGGAUCACUUGAGGAUAGAAAAAGCACAUCAGGCUACAUUUUUUAUUUGGGUUCAAAAGUAUUGCUUGGAGUUCAAAGAAGCAAAAGACAGUUGUCUUAUCCUCUGCAGAAGCCGAAUACAUUGCAGCAACAAAUGCCUCAUGUGAAGCUAUAUGGAUAA